AUGGCAACCGUCUCCACAGUACCAGCCGACCUCGUCUCCUCUGCGGCUGCCUCGAACGCCAGCGCUCCCGACCUGCUACGCUAUGAUUCCAUCCUCGCGGAUGCCUGCGCCUUCAACCGACGACUUCGCAAAGGCAGGGUGGAUAGACCCAACUUCUUCGAUACUGCGACGCAGAUAGCUCAGCGACCAGCACCCUGGUUGCACCGCUCCGUGCAAGCGCGUAUCAAAACUCGAGGCGCCGUCGCACGUGUUCAGGGUCCCGUUAACGACUUGACCAAGCAGCAGCCAUCGCAGACAUCUCUGGGCAUCUCUACAACUGAUCCAGAAGCCUCAUUAACCGGCUCUGUCUCUGGAGAGGGGUCCUGCCAAUCCUCAGCCACUCAGAACUCUGCUAACAACUCGACAACAGCCUCAAAUGGAGGUGAAAGGAGGAUAUCUGCUGGGGAAAUGCAACAAUCUCAAGCAUCUCCCUCUUUAGAAGACCUCAGUGGGCAACGCUACGAUAGUUAUGGGGGCCGGUUUACGGAGGAUGACGAUCUGGAACGCUCUAAGUUAAAGUUCCGCAGACGAAUUAUGGGGAUGGGCGAAAAAUCCAGCGUGGUUCGACGCUACCACAGGCGUCCUGGUGUAGGAGUAUGUGGUCGGGUGAGUGGUGGAUGGGAGUCUUCAACUAAAACCGACUUUUGGCUCUGCAAAGCUUUUAACUAUCAACGCUUGCUGUUGGAUUACUUCAGUCUUUCUCAUUUUAUCUGCGAGUAG